UCUGGAUUGAACGCUCGUAGAAUAAAGACUGGCGUCGUCAGACACCAUAAUAACAAAAGUUUGUUACUUAUUGAUCAAAUCCGAAGACUCCGUGCAGGGGAAAUCGUUAAGUAAAGUACAUUUCGUGACAUAAAUUAUUAGUUUUGUUUAUUUUCAUAAGCCAGAGAGCGGCACCGAGUGACAUCAUGUUACAAAAAUACGGCGAAAUAGCUUUCAAUUUAUGAUUUUUAAAAUUUCUAGCAAAUUUCCACUUCACUACAAAGUUAGCAAUAAGCGAAAACCCGAUAGUUUUAAAUAAUUUGCGUACUAAGACUAUUUUCCGAUGGAAAAGUUAAACAGAAUUACUGAGUAAAGACCAAAUCAACUGAGCAAUAAAUGAAAUAACAAAAAAAUAGUAUAACUUUGAAUGUAAGUAAGUUGGUACCGUGGCACUGUAACAGCAGAACGGGAAAAGGGAUCGCGUGCAACGUCAGUUGUUUGCUGGCUAGAAAUAUUCCGUGCGUCUCGUGACAAUAGACUCGACAUGCGACCUUACUUUUAACCAAAGACAUCUUGUAUUCUAUCGGAGCUUAGUUGCAAUCCAGCUGCUAAGUCUUUAUCAUCGAUGAUUUCCCAUGAAAAUCUCGAAAAAAAAAAAAAACACUAUAUAGUCAAAAGUAAUUAGACGGAUAAUUAACCCAGUGGAUAUUGUUUUUAAGAAACGAUUAUGGCGGGACCAGAAUCGCCAACUGAUCACCGUCUCGAGUAUAUCGGGACGUGUAUUCAAAAAUCUCUGAAAUUGAAGCCCGAAAAAUGGAGCCGUUUAUUGCUGACUGAGGAUUAUCGCAAUGCCAUUUUGGAUUUUUUGGAUAAUUCGUAUCCUGCGGCUCUUUUUGUUGUGCUGACGCCCAAUGCACAGCUUGUGGCCUCUUGCAAUUUUCCGAUACCGUGUCAGCGUACGAAAGGAACUUAUGCAGUCAAAGUAAGAAUGACUCCAGUGCCGAAAGACGUCGAAGGUUGCGCUUCGAUGCUAAUUUUGGGCGACUUAUCAAACCGUGUUGUCGACGAGCUGGCAACUCUUGUUGACAACGUGUACGCACCAUUGCUCUGUAAAUCGGAGAAUCAUAAAGAUCUACCGGAAGUGGCUGUUCAAGAUAUCAGCAGACAAGUUCAUUUGAUCAGAGGAACUCUGUAUCAGGUCAAGGGUCAAGUUAAUGGUAGGACCGUAUUACCAAUGCCGGCGGGAUUGGAAAAAGUUGUGGAGGUCGAAAAGAAAGUUAGCGAAGAAGGUCCGCAAGCUGUUGAUCUCUAUUUGAAAAGUGCCAUCGAAGGUGUCGUUAUAAAAUGGGCUUAUUUGGUAAACGAUGUCGUAACCCAAGAAUCGAGUGCGGCUUUUGAUAACGGCCAGAACCCAACUCCAAAUGUUGAAAUUGAGUAUUGGUCGAAACGUCUUACAAACUUAAGGUAUAUAUUUGAUCAAUUACGUGAAGAUCGGGUUCGUAAAAUGGCAAUAAUCUUAGAAAAAACAGACAGUGCUUACUAUCCGUGUUUCCGUACAUUGUUCAAUAAUGUUGUGUGUUCACUUGCUGAAGCUAAAGAGAUAUCAAUGUACUUGACACCCCUGAGAAAAUCCUUCAAAGCUAUUGAGGAAAUUGAUUUUUCAGAGGCUAAACCCCUAAUGCCGACGCUGAUACACGUUGUCGGUUUAGCUUGGGCUAAAGCACGUUAUUAUCAAAAUUCAACGAAAUUGAUAAUUUUGUUCCGUCAAAUUUCCAACCUGUUGAUACAAUCCGCCCGUAAAUUUUUGGAUCCAUCGUCCAUUUUUCAAAGUGAUGUCGACGAAGCUCUGCAACGCGUUCAAAUUUCUCGAAGCGUUCUAGAAGAAUUCAAAUAUCAAUUUGAAAAAGCGCGGGCUAAGCCCGGCAUGAAACCAGAUUCGCCACCAUGGACAUUCAAUUCAUCGGCAAUAUUUAGCCGCCUUGACGAAUUCCUAAAACGUCUCGCAGAUAUCGAGUGGUUAUUCCGCACGGUAUUAGAAUUCUCAAAGCUUGAAAAAAUAGAAAUUGGCGGAAUACUUGGCCGUUCAUUAAGUUUACGUAUCGUCGCUGUUGUAAAGGAAUUUCAAUCAUUAUUUGCGUCUUUCUCAGCCCGAGCUAGCGAUGUGCUUGAACCUGACGACGAAUCUUUUGCAGUCGACUGUGCCAAAUUUAGCGAAUCAAUCACAGACCUAGACAGUAAAUUGGCUGCUAUACUUUGCCAAGCUUUUGACGAUUGCAGCAAUUUGGAGAGUGCUUUCAAGCUGAUCAAUAUCGCCGGUACUGUACUAAAUCGACCGGUUAUUCGCAACCAAUUUACCGAUCGUUAUUCACGUAUUUAUGAGCUACUUAAUAAUGAGCUUACGAUGAUUGAAGUACUGUUCAAUCGCGGUGUACGAGAUGCAUUUCGUGAUUUACCAGGACUCGCUGCGGCGUUGCAAUUUACAAGUAUGCUCAGACAACGUAUCAAUCUUCCAAUGCAGUCGUUCAAAACUCUACAGGCUUCUAUUGUUGAGAGCAAACAAGGGAAAGAAAUAAAUGAAAGAUAUGAAAGAUUGAUUAAGUUACUCAGUGAUAAUGAUACUCGGCUCAUUGAAGAAUGGACAUCGGUCGUACCGGAUAUUGUUAGAAAAGGAUUACAAUAUACAUUAUUAACCCGCGAUCGUGUUUCUAUUUUGUUGAAGCUUAAUUUUGAUACCAAUUUACUCGCCAUUUUGGUAGAAGUUAAUUAUUUAAAAAAAUAUUCACAGGCUGAAAUUCCCGAAAUAGCACUAAAAGUCGCUGAGAAAUCCGAAACUUUUAGAAAAUUUCGAAAUCAUUUGGGGACAACAGUAACUGCUUACAAUGAUAUCCGACGUACGUCUUGUCAAAUAGAGUACAAUCUUAUUGAAUUGGAAGUUGCGAGAAUUGAUUCAAUGAUAGCUCGAGGUGAAAAAGAACUCUGUUGGGAUUCUGAUAACCUGGCGGAUUACAUAAAUGAGCUGGGAAUACUCGUCCAGAGUCUGUGGAAACGAUUGAAGGCCAUCCAAUCCAAUGUUAACAAAAUUCAUGAUAUUCUUGAACCAUGGACCCGGACUCCUCUAAUUGAGCGCAAAGAUCAUCGUAAAGAUACGCUGCUUGCAUUGGAUGAAAGGGCUGAAAAUGUAGCUAAGCGAUACUCAGAUAUUAGGAAAGCAUCCGAACAAAUUCACGCGUUGCUGGAAGAAAACAAAAGCCUCUUUGAAAUAUCAUCAGAAGUCGAUGCAGCUUGGCAGCAAUACGUUGAAUAUGUUGAUGAUAUGGUUAUCGAAUCUUUGAGAAAAAUUGUUGGCUGUUGUCUAAGCUAUCUUUCAGAGAAUAUGGAUCCGGCUGGGCAAAGGGAGCCAUUAUUAGAAGCCAAAUUGGAAUUGAGAGAACCGGAUUUGUAUUACGAGCCUUCUUUGGAUCCCGACGACCCGGAUAGUCUUGAGAAGUUGAUUGUAGGUUUGCUUAUCGAUAUUAUGAAUAUGGCGACACUUGUUACGAGAUUGAAAAAAGACGCACCGACUUACGGGGACGAUAUUGAAAUAGAUGUUGAUAUCAAGGCUAUGAAAAGCGAAAUUUUGUCUAGUGUCAAUAAGGCGAUUGAUGAAGCCACUGAAUUUUGUGGAGUAUUCGAAGGAUAUGCCUAUCUGUGGUUAGAAGACCGUGAAAUAGUGAUGCAACAGUUUUUAGAGUACAGCCGUCAAUUGACCAUUGAAGAAAUGGAAAUGAUAGCGUUGCUAGAUCCAAAAGCGCCCCAAAAAGUAACCCCUCGAAUGGAUCAAUUCCGGGAGCAGAUUGACUUGUAUGAGGGUCUAUACCUCGAAAUUGAAGAGAUGAAACCAUCACGCAUUUUUUGCGGAUGGUUUAGAGUAAAUCUCCGACCCUUCAAACAAUCCUUGCUCAAUACCGUAUGCAAAUGGUCCAGUAUGUUCAAGAAACACUUAGUCGAACGAGUCACAACCAGUUUAUCUGAUCUCGGAAACUUUAUUCGAUUAGCUGACGAAAGUUUAUUGCAACAAAUACAACCAGGCGAUUACACCGGACUAAUAAGUGUAAUGGGUUUUUUAAUGCAAAUAAAAGAACGUCAGCCGACGACAGACGAAAUGUUCCAACCUCUACAAGAGACAAUCGAACUUUUAAAGUUCUACGAUCAAGAUAUCCCAGAAGAAGUUAACGUUUUUCUACAAGAAUUACCAGAACAAUGGGCCAAUACCAAAAAAUUAGCUUUGAUUGUAAAACAACAGGUGGCGCCACUGCAAGCGGGGGAAGUUUCAAGGAUUCGGGGAAGAAUAUCAGCAUUCGAUACGACAAUUUGCCACUACCGUGAAGCAUUUCGUCGCUACGCAUUCUUUAGAUAUGACUGCGAAAACGCCUACGGACUAUUGGACGAAGCUGACAGAGAACUUUGUAUGCUAGAGAGACAAAUGAAAGAUAUACAAGAUUCGGCGUCACUAUUCGAAGUCUCAGUGCCUGAAUUCAAACAAUUGAAACAAUGCAGACGUGAACUAAGGAUGCUUAAACAAUUAUGGGAUUAUAUAUUUAUAGUACGCAGUAGUAUUGAGGGAUGGAAAACAACACCAUGGAGGAAAAUAGAUGUGGAAAAUAUGGAUAUUGAGUGCAAGAAGUUCGCCAAAGAAAUUCGAGUAGCCCUAGAUAAGGAAAUGAGGCCGUGGGAUGCGUACGUUAAAUUAGAAGCGACCGUUAAAAACAUGCUGACGUCAUUGCGUGCCGUUGGGGAGCUACAAAAUCCCGCAAUACGCGAAAGACACUGGAGACAAUUAAUGAAUAGCACUAAGGUACGUUUUGUAAUGGAUGAUUCGACGACGCUAGCAGAUUUGUUGGAGUUAAAUCUCCAUGAAUGUGAAGAAGAGGUCAAAAAUAUUGUUGACAAAGCGGUUAAAGAAAUGUCAAUGGAAAAAUAUUUGCGUGAAUUAAAUGCCACGUGGUCGACAAUGGAGUUUGAACGGGAAGUCCAUCAACGUACGGGAGCCGUUUUACUGAGGGCUAGUGAAGAAUUGAUAGAAACACUCGAGGAAAAUCAGGUCCAGUUGCAAAAUUUGAUAACUUCAAAAUUUAUUGCCCACUUUUUGGAAGAGGUGUCAGCAUGGCAAAAAAAACUAAGCGUCGCCGAUCAGGUUACGACCGUUUGGUUUGAAGUCCAACGGACUUGGAUGCACUUGGAAAGUAUUUUUUUAUCAUCCGAAGAUAUAAGGAAACAGCUACCGGUCGACGCAGAUCGUUUUAACAAAAUAGACGCGGAAUUCAAGAAAAUGACUGAAGAAAUGGCAAAGACGCCCAAUGUCGUCGAGGCAACCAAUCGCGAGGGUUUGGCAGCAGCUCUAGAUGUAUUGCAACGCGAGCUCGUUCUCUGCGAAAAAGCAUUAGCUGAAUACUUGGAAACCAAACGUCUCGCGUUUCCACGUUUUUAUUUCAUAUCUUCCACUGAUUUGCUAGACAUACUUUCUAACGGAAAUCAACCAGAAGUAGUGGCCAAACAUUUGACCAAAUUAUUUGACUCGAUGGCAAGACUUAAGUUUGAUGAUAGCAGUGAUAAAGUAAAGCGUGCAGUCGGAAUGCACGCUAAGGAUGGCGAGUACGUUGCAUUUACUAAUUGCCAAAUGUCUUGCGACGGAGCUGUCGAAGUCUGGCUGAACCGGUUACAGCAUGCGAUGCGUGCAACAACUCGUCAUUAUUUCAGCGAAGCUGUGGUAAGUUACGAGGAAAAGCCACGUGAGCAAUGGCUAUUUGAUUACCCAGCUCAGGUCUCUUUGUGUGGAACGCAAAUCUGGUGGACGACGGAAGUUAAUCUAGCGUUUUCGCGUCUCGAGGAAGGUUACGACAAUGCCCUUAAAGAUUAUCUUAAAAAACAAAUUUUACAACUGAGUACUCUGAUUACUCUUCUGUUGGGUGAACUCAGUAAACAAGAUCGUCAAAAAGUCAUGACGAUUUGCACUAUUGAUGUCCACUCGAGAGACGUAGUAGGGAAACUAGUUCAAGCUAAAGUUGAAACUGCCCAGGCAUUUCAAUGGCAAAGCCAACUGCGUCAUCGUUGGGAUGAUAAGGAGAAAGAUUGCUUCGCUAACAUUUGCGAUGCUCAGUUUAAAUAUUCUCAUGAGUACUUAGGCAAUACUCCCAGACUCGUAAUAACUCCAUUGACAGACAGAUGCUACAUCACAUUAACACAGUCAUUGCAUUUGGUGAUGGGCGGAGGACCAGCAGGUCCAGCUGGAACGGGAAAAACCGAGACAACAAAAGAUCUGGGUCGCGCCCUAGGUAUCAUGGUCUACGUAUUCAACUGUUCUGAGCAAAUGGACUACAAAUCGUGUGGCAAUAUUUACAAAGGGCUCGCACAAACUGGCGCUUGGGGAUGUUUCGAUGAGUUCAAUCGUAUUUCCGUUGAAGUGUUGUCUGUUGUUGCGGUUCAGGUUAAAAGUGUCCAGGACGCUAUACGCGAUAAGAAGGAAAAAUUUAAUUUCAUGGGUGAUAUCAUAGGCUUAGAACCGACUGUUGGAAUUUUCAUAACCAUGAAUCCUGGCUACGCUGGACGUACAGAGCUGCCAGAAAAUUUGAAAGCGCUAUUUCGCCCUUGUGCCAUGGUCGUGCCGGAUUUUGAACUCAUUUGCGAGAUCAUGUUGGUCGCCGAAGGUUUUCAAGAUGCCCGUGUACUGGCGCGGAAGUUUAUCACGCUAUAUACACUUUGUAAAGAAUUAUUGUCGAAACAGGACCAUUAUGAUUGGGGACUAAGAGCUAUCAAAUCGGUUCUGGUCGUUGCUGGUAGUUUGAAACGCGGCGAUCCAGAUAGACCUGAGGAAGAAGUUUUAAUGCGAGCUCUACGUGAUUUCAAUAUUCCUAAAAUAGUUACUGAUGAUUUGCCAGUAUUUAUGGGUUUGAUUGCUGAUCUGUUUCCCGCGUUGGAUGUUCCUCGGAAACGAGAUGUAGAAUUUGAGAAGACGGUCAAACAAGCUGCUGCGGAUUUACUUCUACAACCGGAAGAUGGAUUCAUCUUGAAAGUCGUUCAAUUGGAGGAAUUAUUAGAAGUCCGCCAUUCGGUUUUUAUUGUCGGUACUGCUGGUUGUGGAAAAACCCAAGUAUGGCGAACGCUAUUCCGUACUUAUCAAAAUAUAAAACGCAAGCCUAUUUACAAUGACUUGAAUCCUAAGGCAGUUACCAAUGACGAACUCUUUGGAAUAAUAAACCCGGCAACACGUGAAUGGAAAGACGGUUUGUUUUCAGUUAUAAUGAGAGAGCAAGCGAAUUUAGGGGGAGAAAAUCCCAAAUGGAUUAUUUUAGAUGGAGACAUCGAUCCGAUGUGGAUCGAGUCCCUAAACACUGUCAUGGAUGACAAUAAGAUUCUAACUCUUGCCAGUAAUGAAAGAAUAGCUCUAACACCGGCUAUGAGAUUGCUCUUCGAAAUUUCUAAUCUACGCACAGCGACGCCUGCUACGGUUUCGCGGGCAGGAAUUCUGUACAUUAAUUCUCAAGAUCUUGGAUGGAAUCCCUAUGUGACCAGUUGGAUCGAAACGCGGACUAUCCCCGCGGAGAAAUCAAAUUUGGUGACUCUAUUCGACAAAUACAUUCCAAUUUGUUUAGAGACAUUGAGAACGAGAUUCAAAAAAAUUACGCCGAUCGCUGAUAUGGCACACGUUGAAAUGCUUUGCCAUUUACUGCACUGUCUGCUAAGACCAGAAUUGACGGCAGUUGAGUUUUCAAAAGAUCACUAUGAAUUAUACUUUGUUUUCGCAGCAGUCUGGGCAUUUGGAUCUGCUAUGUUCCAAGAUCAGACUGUAGAUUAUCGUGUUGAAUUUACAAAGUGGUGGGUAAAUGAGUUCAAGCAAAUAAGAUUCCCAGCACAGGGGACCGUCUUCGACUAUUACAUUGAUUCUGAAACAAAAGAAUUCACGCCGUGGUCUGAACGCGUUCCCAGAUUUGAAUUAGAUCCAGAUAUGCCGUUGCAAGCUGCAUUAGUCUACACCUCAGAGUCUAUUAGAAUAAAAUAUUUCCUAGAUUUAUUGAUGGCUGAAAAACAUCCCGUUAUGUUAGUCGGUACAGCCGGAUGUGGUAAAACGGUAUUGGUAUCAGAAAAAUUGCUACAAUUGUCUGAAAAUUAUGCUGUUACAAACGUGCCAUUUAAUUUUUACACAUCCUCUGAGAUGUUGCAAAAAAUACUAGAAAAACCUUUGGAAAAAAAAGCUGGUCGUAAUUACGGACCGCCUGGCAGUAAGACCUUGAUUUACUUCGUCGAUGAUAUGAACAUGCCGGAAGUUGAUACUUACGGUACUGUUCAACCCCACACACUAAUCAGACAGCAUUUGGACUACGGGCACUGGUACGACCGCACUAAAUUGAGCCUAAAAGAUAUCCAUAACUGUCAGUAUGUGAGUUGUAUGAAUCCGACUGCUGGGUCAUUCACCAUAAAUCCAAGAUUGCAGAGACAUUUCGCUGUCUUUGCUGUCAGUUUUCCCAACCACGAUUCAUUAAUGACAAUUUACUCGUCCAUUCUUUCCCAACAUCUCGCCAAUCUAGAGCACAGAUUCCCGCUCUGUGUUACCGAUCUCUGUAAUAAUAUUGUCCAAGCUACUUUGCAGCUGCACAACCGAUGCGGCCAAGUAUUUUUACCAACGGCCACUAAGUUUCACUAUAUAUUCAAUUUACGUGAGUUGUCGAAUUGCUUCCAAGGAAUGCUAUUCAGUGGCAAUGAGUGUCUUCAACAGCCCUGUGAUAUAAUACGACUGUGGAUGCACGAAACGCAUCGUAUAUAUGGAGACAAACUGACCGAUGAGAAAGAUAUCGAUAGUUUUGGUAAACUGCAGAUAGAUAUCAUUAAAAAAAAUACUGAGGAAAUUGACGAGACUGCAGUGUUAGAAAAACCAAACAUUUACUGUCAUUUCGCGGGUGGUGUAGGCGAGCCAAAAUACAUGCCAAUUAAAAAAUGGGUUGAUCUCCAUCGCCUGCUGACAGAAGCUCUUGUCAGUUACAAUGAUUUGGUGGCAGCAAUGAAUCUAGUUCUUUUUGAGGACGCAAUGAUGCAUGUCUGUCGAAUUAACCGGAUUCUCGAGUCUCCGAGAGGUAGUGCUUUGCUUGUGGGAGUCGGGGGGUCGGGAAAGCAAAGUUUGUCUAGGCUCGCUGCUUUCAUAAGUUCGUUAGAAGUUUCUCAGGUUCAAUUGCGCAAAGGAUACGGCGUGCUUGAUUUGAAAAUGGAACUCGCCGGCUUAUACAUGAAAUCGGGAAUGAAGAAUAUCGGGAUAAUGUUUCUUAUGACUGAUGCACAAGUUCCUAAUGAACAGUUUCUUGUUUUAAUCAAUGAUAUGCUGGCUUCUGGCGAAGUCCCGGAUUUGUUUCCGGAAGACGAAGUAGAAAAUAUUAUUGCAGGAGUACGGAAUGAAGUCAAAGGGGCUGGGAUAUUAGACAGUCGCGAAAAUUGUUGGAAGUUUUUUAUCGAUCGCGUCAGACGUCAACUUAAAGUCGUUUUGUGUUUUUCACCAGUCGGUUCAACUUUGCGGGUUCGAUCACGUAAAUUUCCAGCAAUUAUUAACAGUACAAUAAUAAAUUGGUUUCAUGAAUGGCCUCAGGAAGCGUUAAUGUCUGUUUCGAAAAGUUUCCUCGAGGAAUUAGAUGAAUUACCCGAAGAUUGCAGGGAGUCGGCUGCUAAGUUCAUGGCCCAUGCUCACACGACCGUGAACGCAACGAGCCGUCUCUAUUUGGCGGGUGAACGACGUUACAAUUACACGACACCCAAGUCAUUCUUGGAACAAAUUAGCUUGUACAUGAAACUUCUUAAAGCGAAGGCAAGGGAAUUGAGCGGGCGAAUAGAGCGACUAGAAAACGGUCUAGCGAAAUUGCGAUCAACUGCUGCCCAAGUCGCCGAACUAAAGCAGAAAUUGGCGAUACAGGAAAUCGAAUUGAAGCAAAAAAAUGAAGCCGCUGAUAAACUUAUUGCCAUUGUCGGAAUCGAAACGGAAAAAGUACAGAAAGAAAAAGCUUUAGCGGAUGAGGAAGAGACAAAAGUAGGAGUUAUUGCCGAAGAAGUAUUAAAAAAACAAAGGGAAUGUGAAGCUGAUUUAGUAAAAGCUGAGCCGGCAUUACUAGCAGCUCAAGAAGCUCUAAACACUCUUAAUAAAGCGAAUCUCACAGAAUUAAAGUCAUUUGGAUCACCGCCGGGUGCCGUGACCAACGUCACUGCCGCGGUAAUGGUACUUCUCGCACCUAGUGGCAAAGUGCCAAAGGACAGAAGCUGGAAAGCCGCCAAAAUUGUUAUGGCGAAAGUUGACGCCUUCCUCGAUUCGCUUAUAAAUUAUGACAAAGAAAAUAUCCAUCCCGAAGUUACAAAGGCAAUUCAACCGUACUUAAAGGAUUCAGAAUUUGAACCAGAGUUUGUAAGAUCAAAAUCCGCAGCUGCUGCUGGAUUAUGCGCAUGGGUUAUCAAUAUUAUCAAGUUCUACGAAGUAUUUUGUGAUGUUGAACCCAAACGUAAAGCGCUGGCGCAAGCUAAUGCUGAAUUAGCAGCUGCUCAAGAUAAAUUGAGUGGCAUAAAACGUAAAGUUAUGUCAUUAGAGGAGCAAUUAGCGAAGCUAACAGCGGACUUUGAACAAGCGACAUCGGAGAAGCUCAAGUGCCAGCAGGAAGCAGACGCUACUAAUGCAAUAAUCGCACUGGCUAAUCGAUUAGUCGGAGGUCUUGCCUCUGAGAAUGUACGUUGGGCUGAUUCAGUAGCUAAUUUGAAGCAUCAAGGCGAGACAUUACCCGGUGAUGUUUUACUUGUAACGGCAUUUAUAUCCUACGUCGGAUGCUUUACUAAAUCAUUCCGACAGGAUCUGCUUAAUCGACAAUGGUUACCGGCUUUGAAAGCCAUUGAACCACCUGUACCAAUUACCGACGGUCUUGAUGUCUUGACACUAUUGACAAACGACACGCAAAUCGCUAAAUGGAACAAUGAAGGUCUUCCGAAUGACCGAAUGAGCACUGAAAAUGCAACUAUUCUAUCUAAUUCUGACCGCUGGCCGCUGAUGAUUGACCCGCAACUCCAAGGUAUAAAAUGGAUAAAACAAAAAUACGGUGACGACUUGCGAGUAAUAAGAUUAGGCCAACGUGGUUAUCUGGAUGUUAUCGAACAAUCACUGGCACAAGGGGCGACUGUUUUGAUAGAAAACAUCGGCGAGUCGGUGGAUCCUGUUCUUGAUCCGCUUCUCGGGCGUAAUUUGAUAAAAAAAGGCCAGGCAAUUAAAAUAGGCGACAAAGAAGUCGAGUACAACAAAACAUUCCGUCUUAUAUUGCAUACAAAGCUCGCGAAUCCUCAUUACAAACCCGAAAUGCAGGCCCAAACAACGCUAAUUAAUUUCACCGUCACAAGAGACGGUCUAGAGGAUCAGCUUCUUGCGGAAGUCGUCAAAGUCGAACGCCCCGACUUGGAGGAACUGAAAGCCGAUCUUACAAGACAACAAAACGAUUUCAAGAUCACGUUAAAUGGGCUCGAGGAUUCGCUUUUAUCGCGGCUGUCAUCUGCGGACGAAAAUGUCCUUGGCGACACGGCAUUGGUGGAAAAUUUAGAGACCACCAAGCGAACGGCUGCCGAAAUAGAGCGAAAAGUAACGGAAGCACGCGGUACGAGCAAAGAAAUCGAUGCCGCACGUGAACUGUAUCGUCCAGCAGCGGCACGUGCAUCUUUGCUGUACUUUAUAUUAAACGAGCUCAAUACAAUAAACCCGAUAUAUCAAUUUUCAUUGAAGGCCUUCAGUGUCGUCUUUCAGAAGGCCAUUGUCAAGGCCGACCCGGCGGCCGAUGUCUCAGCCCGAGUCAUUAAUUUGAUUGAAUGUAUAACUUAUUCCGUUUUUAUGUACACAACACGAGGACUAUUUGAGUGUGAUAAAUUAAUAUUUACAUCGCAAAUGGCAUUUCAAAUAUUAUUAACAAGACGUGAAAUAUCGCCAACGGAACUUGAUUUUCUUCUUAGAUUCCCCAUUGUUCCUCACGUCACGUCACCCGUUGAAUUUUUGACUAAUUCCAGCUGGGGUGGAAUACGAAGUCUCGCUUCACGUGAUGAAUUUAGGAAUUUAGAUAGAGAUAUCGAGACCUCAUCGAAGAGAUGGAAAAAAUUUACCGAGUGUGAGUGCCCGGAACGUGAAAAAUUUCCGCAGGAGUGGAAAAAUAAGACUGCACUACAGCGGCUGUGUAUAUUGAGAGCUUUAAGGCCUGACAGGAUGACUUACGCGAUAUCCGCAUUUAUUGAGGAAAAACUUGGUGUUAAGUAUGUCGAGGGUAAAACUGUGGAAUUUGCUAAAUCUUAUGAGGAAACCAGUCCUUCGACUCCUAUAUUUUUCAUACUCUCCCCCGGAGUGAAUCCACUCAAGGACGUCGAGGACUUGGGACGUCGCUUAGGUUUUUCCAUGGCCGCCCAAAAUUUCCACAAUGUGUCACUCGGUCAAGGUCAGGAGACGGUCGCCGAGCAUGCGAUGGACAUCGCGUCGAAAGAGGGCCACUGGGUGAUCCUGCAGAAUAUCCAUCUGGUUAAAAAAUGGCUGCCGCUGUUGGAAAAAAAAUUGGAGGUUGCAGCUGAAGGAUCUCAUCCAGACUACCGUGUUUACAUGAGCGCCGAACCGGCCAGCACUCCGGCGGGGCACAUAAUCCCUCAAGGUGUGCUUGAGUCCUCAAUCAAGAUCACGAAUGAGCCGCCCACCGGGAUGCAGGCGAACCUCCACAAGGCUCUCGACAACUUUACUCAAGAGACUCUCGAGAUGUGCAGCAAGGAGGCCGAGUUCAAGGCGAUCCUCUUUUCUCUGUGUUACUUUCAUGCGGUGGUUGCCGAACGGCGUAAAUUCGGCCCUCAGGGCUGGAAUAAAAUAUAUCCUUUUAAUGUUGGUGAUUUGAAUAUUAGCGUCAGUGUACUUUAUAAUUAUCUUGAAGCGAGUCCUAGAGUACCCUGGGAGGACUUGAGAUAUCUCUUCGGCGAAAUAAUGUACGGAGGGCACAUCACUGACGAUUGGGACAGACGACUCUGCGUUUCGUAUCUUGAGGAACUCAUGCAGCCGGAUUUAGUUGAUGGUGAACUUCAACUGGCACCAGGGUUUCCCGCACCGCCCAAUACCGACUUGGUAGGUUACCAUGCCUACAUCGACGAGGCGAUUCCGCCAGAAUCGCCCUAUCUGUACGGUCUACAUCCAAACGCCGAAAUAGGAUUCCUAACAACGACUUCAGAGAAUUUGUUUAGGACAGUCUUUGAGAUGCAGCCAAGGGACGCUGGGGAUUCGGGAGGUCAAACAGUCACGAGGGAAGAUAAAGUCAAACAAAUUCUCGAUGAAAUCGUCGAAAAACUGCCCGAAGAGUUCAACAUGAUCGAGAUAAUGGCGAAAGUUGAGGAGCGGACUCCUUACGUGAUUGUUGCCUUCCAAGAGUGCGAGAGAAUGAACGGAUUGACGGGGGAACUGAAGCGAUCAUUGCGUGAGUUAGAUCUUGGAUUAAAAGGCGAAUUGACAAUUACAUCAGACAUGGAGGAUCUUGAGAACGCUCUGUUCCUUGAUCAAGUACCACCUGUUUGGUCACAGAGAGCGUACCCUUCUUUGUUGGGUCUCACUGCCUGGUUCGUUGAUCUUCUGCUAAGACUCAGGGAAUUAGAGACUUGGUCGACUGACUUUGCACUUCCAGCCUCAGUAUGGCUGGCCGGUUUUUUCAAUCCCCAAUCAUUGCUGACCGCAAUAAUGCAGUCGACUGCAAGAAGACACGAGCUACCGUUAGACAAAAUGUGUCUACAGUGUGACGUCACUAAGAAAAAUAAAGAAGACUUUACAACUGCACCCCGAGACGGAGCUUACGUCCACGGAAUAUUUAUGGAAGGGGCCCGUUGGGAAGUAGCAGUGGGACUUCUAACAGACUCGCGACCCAAAGAACUGUUUCCAAUGAUGCCAGUGAUAAAUAUACGGGCAAUAACCCAAGACAAACAAGAUCUAAGAAAUAUGUACGAGUGCCCUCUGUACAAAACUCGGACACGCGGACCGACUUACGUAUGGACGUUUAAUUUGAAGUCGAAAGACAAACCCGCGAAAUGGACACUCGCGGGUGUCGCUCUACUGCUUCAAAUAUAAUUGAUUUAUAUUUUCUUCGUUUCAAUGCUUAAUUAAAUUAAACCUUAAAAAAUAAUUAUCUUAAUUAAAGAGAAUUUAAUAUGAAGAUCAGUGUCGAGUGAAUUAAGUCUCCGAAAAAAAUAAUUAUUUUAAAAUUAAUGUUGAUAUUCUUUUAGUUCUUACUUGCAGUAUUGUUUUAAAU